GAGAAGAGUGGUAAGAUAUGUCUCCAUGCCUUGUCCAGUUUAUGCUGCUUCUCUGUAAUGGUUUUUGCGGGGAAACAUUUCGUCCCCACAUUUGUUUCUCAUCUCACCGACCACCUCCUACUUCACCCUCUCAUUGCUCCCACUACAUUCCAUUCACCUUUUUAUAUAUAAACACACACUUAACAACCUCUUCUCUUCAUCAUACUUUUUCUUUUCUCAUCAAAAAAUGGACAAACAAGAUCUCGGCCUUGAAAUCACCGAGCUCCGGUUGGGCCUUCCCGGCGCCGCCGCUGGGGACAACAACCACGACAAGGACAACACCAAGAAGAACAACAAGAGGCUCUUCUCCGACAUCGACGGUCGAAACAGCUCCUCCGAAGAAGAUGCCAAAAAAGAAACCAAGAAUCAUCAAGUCGUUGGGUGGCCUCCGGUCUGCUCCUACCGGAAGAAGAACACCGUCAAUGAACCUAAAAUCUACGUCAAAGUCAGCAUGGACGGUGCUCCUUUCUUGCGUAAAAUUGAUUUGGCUAUGCACAAGGGAUACUCCGACUUGGCCUUCGCCUUGGACAAGUUCUUCGGUUCCUAUGGAAUCGGCGAAGCGUUGAAGGAUGCGGAGAAUGCUGAACACGUUCCCAUAUACGAGGACAAAGAUGGUGACUGGAUGCUGGUUGGAGAUGUUCCUUGGGAGAUGUUUAGGGAGUCAUGCAAGAGAUUGAGGAUUAUGAAGAGAUCAGAUGCAAAGGGGUUCGAUCUGCAGCCAAAAGGGUCUUUAAAGGGAUUCAUAGAAGGCGUGAGAAAAUGAAAAGUAUAGUAGAUAAAGAAGCGAAGAAGAUAGGCUUCUAAUUCAUGUCGUACACGUUUUCAACACAAAAAAUCAAGUUUCGUAUGUUGUCGUUUUAUUGUAUUUGAGGAAGCAACAUUUUAUAGUAUGGUGCAUGAACCACUCUAAGAAUGCUGUUUAAUGAAAUAGGGAAUUCCAAACUCAUCGUUUUAGUAUAUGUCUUGUCAUAUUUGUUAAUAUGCUGCAAAUUACACCAAACUUAUUGUCCAUC